GCUGCGUCUGAGGCCCCGCCCUGUCGCCAGGGCGCGUUAAACUCGGAGCCGUUUUCUGGAGGAGGACGCUGCUUGUUUUGACUACACAUUCACUAUCAAAUAUCCCGAGUGGCUGUUCAUUCAGCUCGACUAGGAAAAUUACUUUGUGAUAUUAAAAUACAUUUUGGUCGAAACGGAGGACCCGCAGGGCGGAACGACUGGCACAAUGAGCAAAGUGCAAGGCGGCAUGAAAUGUGUAAAAUACCUGCUUUUUUUCUUCAACUUCAUCUUCUGGUUGUCAGGUUCACUGGUGUUGGCUGUGGGAUUGUGGCUGAGGUUUGAUCCCAAUACAUCCUCACUCCUGAAUGAAGAUGGAGCCCCUGAAACGUUCUUUAUUGCUGUGUACAUUUUGAUUGGGGCUGGAGGCAUUAUGAUGCUGGUGGGCUUCUUCGGUUGCUGUGGGGCUGUGAGAGAGUCACAAUGUCUUCUGGGAUCGUUUUUUGCCUGUCUUCUGGUAAUUUUUGGUGCAGAAGUUGCUGCAGGAGUUUUUGGCUUCUUGAAAAAGGACAAGGUUAUCGAGGAAGUCACAAAUUUUUACCGUUCCUCCAUUUCAGAGUCUGGCAACAGCACCUCCAUCGUGACCAUUUACCACAAAAUUCUUGAGUGCUGUGGGGAUCCCAAUACAAACGCAGAAUGUCCGAAUGCUGAAACUAAGGACUGUAUCACAGCUAUAAAUGACUUCUUCAAUGAAAAACUCUUCAUCAUUGGAUAUGUGGGUCUUGGCAUUGCAGGUGUUAUGAUUAUUGGUAUGAUCUUCAGUAUGGUUCUAUGCUGUGCUAUUCGGAACAACAGGGAGGUCAUUUAAGUGCUUGUAGGUCCUCCACUUCAACUUGGACGUCUCCAGUCCACCUUUUGACCACAUCAAGUCAACACGUGAUUUUGAAAGGGUGAUAAGAUACUGUUUUCAACUUUCUAAUUUUAUUUUUGAUAUAUAAUUCUAUUCAUUGUUAGGGCUGGACCACCACUGCAUGGAUUGUCCCUGAAAUCACAUUAACCUUUGGCCUUCUUUUGCUGUACCUUGCUUAUCUGAGAGACCUUGUUUAAUUACAACUUGAUUUUUAUGGGCAGUCUAUAAAUUAUUGAACUAAAGAAUAUUCAGCAAAAAUGUUAUCAUCUUUGUUUCCCGUCAGCCCUCUAUGCAGUCCAUGGGGCUGCUAUUGUAAAUACUGUAUGUAAAGUAAAUCUACUCAUGCCUUUCUGUUUAUCAACUAUUUGUAAUCUUAUUUAUUGCAUAAAUUCUGUCUAUGUCUGCUUUGGUAAUAUGUUGAUUUUAGUGAGUAAAGCUCUAUAAACGUU